ACAGAUCCAGUGCUUUUCACUGGCCGUCGCGGGCGAUCGUCGGCCGUCGCAUGGAGCUACAGCUCCGUGUACCUCCGGAGAGAUGGUGCAUCACCCUGUCAGACUUCUAUCAGUUCGUGAGUGUUGUGCGGACGCUUUGGAAGCACGGCAGGGUGCCAGAGGAUCCGGCCCGGCCCAACCCCUUCCACAGUGAUCCGACGCAUGGGCCGGAUCUCUACCAGGUGAACGUCUACUACGUGAAGCCAGUGACCCGCGACGCGGGCGGCAUGAGCUACGCCCUCAUAAAGCACCCGGAGGGUCUGCCCUGCCAGGUCUUCAUCUCGCAUGCCUGGGCGGAAGGUUUGUUCGAGCUGGCGGCCCUCGUUUCGCAGGGCUGGCCGCGGGGUCGCCACCUUCACAACCUGUACUUGUGCCUUCUCGCCAAUCCACAGAACGAUGUGGGCCACUGGCUGGACAACUUGAUGCCACUGGAGACGCCUUUUGCCAAGGCUUUGCAGCUGGCUUCCCACGUGUUAGUGAUUCCCAACAAGAGCAUCAGCAUCUACACGCGGCUCUGGUGCGUCUACGAGGCAUAUCUAGGAGCCCAGUGUGGCAAAAUCUGCAUCAUGCCCACCAAGCCCCCAGCCUGGUUGCGCUUGAAGUAUGCGGUGCAGAUCGUGUAUCUCCCAUGUUUGGUGGGUUCAGUGCUAGGGGGCCUAUGGCAGCUCUUCCCGGACGAAACCUCCGACCGGGAGCAGCACGUGGACCUUACGAUGUUUCUGGUGGUGGUGCUGACCGGCCUGGGCUUUGCCAUGCUGGGUUUGGCAAUGUGCCUUUGCAGCAAGGAUUGUCGCCACCGGCUCCGCUCCAGGCUGCGGCUUCUGCACAGCCUUCUGGUCCUCACCAUUGCUUUGGUGACCAUUCCCUGGUUCUGCCUCCCUCCGAUGGGUUCGUCCUCAUGGGACCAUUUUCUGCACUACUUUAUCCCGUUCGCCCUCCUGAUCAUGAACGCCUGCCGCGCUCUACAGUUGAACGAGUGCGUGCUCGAGAACUUGGAGCUGUCGCAGCAUGCCAACUACCUGAGGUUUCAGACCUUAGACGACGCCUCCUGCUCGAACCCUGUGGACGAGGAGCGGAUCCGGCAGUCGAUUCUGGGCCAUGAGGCAGACGUGGACACUGCCAUCCGUGUCCUUAUGAAGGCCGGUGCCUACACAGAAGACUUACGACUUGCCCAUGAGGCUGGAUACGACAUCACUGGCAAGGGCAACACAGACAUCAUUGCCAAGAUGGAGAUGGCAGCGCUUCUUUGGUUCGUGUCCGCGAUUGACACGUUUGCGGCCAUUGAUGCCUGCGACCGGGGGCCCUGGAUGCCGGCGCUGUUCUUUGCAGCAGCGAUUUCUGUACUGACCACCAUCGGCUUGCCGUUGCUGGUGUGGUACUUGAUGCGGCGGGGCCAGCACAAGGCCGUCUUCGCGGUGAACGUAUGCACCACCUCAGCGGCCUUGGGCUUGGGUAUACCUUUGCUGCUUCAGAUCUCCAACCACUUGCUGCACGCCAUGUGCUUUUUGGAGAGGCCGCGGAUGAACAGACCGUGCCCAUCCCUGUUCUCGAUGCUCAUGCUGGCGGUGCUGCGGCCGUGCCUCGCCUUCGGCGCUUUGAUCUGUGCCUUCUGCGGCCCAGAGCCUGUGGAGCGCCUGCAGAGCCACGUGCGGACCAUGAGCAACCUCGGCAGCUUCACGGGUCGGAUGGGAACUGGCGGGCUCUCCUGCACUUCCUUCACCUCUACCUCUUGCUCCUCUUUGGCCUCGGACUCCAGCGACGAGGAAGGCCAUGACGAGGAAGGUAGAAGUGAGCCUUCAGGAAGUGAUCGAGACUUACGUAGUCAAAAGUCCGAUUUCUAUGGAUCAGUGCAAGAAGAGUCACUGUAAUUCGUGAGCACAGGCACAGCCCUGUUUUGCCACGCCCCGUUGGAUGUUCUGGUUGACCCAAAAUGCCGGCA